AUGGCUCAAUCCCCGCCCGCUUUCACCCCGGACACCGAGUUCACCGAGCUGGAAACCCCUCGGGCGCCCCCGAAUGGAAGCCUCUCCAUCACUGCCAUGGCUCGAUUCGAGUUCGAGGCUGGCAGGGCUAACGAUGGUACUAAAAUCUUGAUGGUUGAAUGGGAGGACGACGACCUGACUCGAUCCACAACUGAGGGGUCGUGGCAUAUCUCAUGGACCGGGAAGGAUUCUGUCGUGCCUGCCGAUGAAAGACCGAGUGACAGCCUUCGCCGCUGCUAUUUUUUGCUUCCGCCCAACAGUACGAUUCCGCCUGUUGUUACCUUGUCAUAUGAGCUCCACUCCACAAAUAAAGAACCGAACGAUGCUGCUGCGUCUUCAACUACUACGGCGAAACCCCAGGAUUCUCUGCAACUCAAUCCUCUCCCCGCUAUAUUUCCACCGGAGCUGGGAGCGACAGGUCGCGCAGCUGGCAAGAAGGGUGUACUACAUACGAUUUGGGCAAAGAAGCGACUCCGCGUUCUAGAGAAUGAGAUUGAACAGGAAUCGCGUAACGUGGAGGGAAUCGCGCUGCUUAUGGCAAUCCAAGAAAAGGAAUGGAUCGAGCUGAAUUUCGGAGUCGGGGCACGCGCUAUCGAUUCUGUCACCAGCAGCCAGGACGGGGUUUCACACGACUCCGAAACAUCGUCCUCUGUAUACCCCGCCACGCCAGUGUCUCCAAUCAGCGGCAGAAAGCUGAGCGACAAGCUAAAGGGUCUGAAGUUGCAGACGAGCGGGGAUAUGUCUGGAAAUGGUACUGAUCACUGCAUUCGCCAACAUAUCUCACAAGCUAACCCGAUAGCACCAGGCUCUCACAGCGCGUCUCUGCUUUCUCCCCAAUCGCCUGAUGUUGCUGUCUCGUCAUUUAGCUCGUUCCGCAACGUCGCGCACCGACACAUUCAUAAUAUGCCAACACCAAGCACUAAUCCUACCCCCACCCCAAGCACUCAAACCGAUUUACCUGGCCCUGAAACACUGAAACCAGUGGCUGUUUUCCCACCUGACUUCUUGCAGGAGGCUCAACAGGACCACGGGUUAACAGGGUUCGCGGCAAUGGACGCAUCUGUGGGUACACUGUCCCAUGGUUCGAGCAAUGAUCCCGGCGAAGAGCUGUUUGCGAAAGCAUUGAGCCCACGAUCACCGGAUCUUCCCCGCAGCCCCUUCUCAUUUGCUUGA